CCCCUUUACCUGAGCCCAAACCAAUUCUAUGGGCCAGGCCACAACAGUGCGUUGCGGCGUCGCAUCGUAAAAACAACAUCGCACAGCUAUGCGAUGCGAUGUCGCAACGCAAAAAUUUCAUCGCAUACGACAUCGUACGUAAAGACGCUAACCAACGUUUCAGUUUCUAGUGAGACAUGGAUCGCACUGCGCGUGUUCUACUUCUGCUUGCGUUAAGGCGUAUUAAGAAAAAGAAACAGAAAAGAAAGUACUGGGUGCACCCAUUACUGACAAUUAUGAAUAAAGAUGGAAACCACUUCAAAAGGAAAUAUGAGGCGCUAAAAGUGGACGAGGUUAAAUUUUUCGAUUACUUUAGGAUGAGUGUAGGAUGUUUUGAAGAGCUUCUUAGUUUGAUAAAGCCUCAUUUACAAAAGAAAUACAUAUUUAGAAAACCCAUCGAACCUCUGGAGAUGCUGGGAUUAACUAUAAGGUACCUGGCGACGGGAAAUACUUUUAAAGAUAUGCAUUUCACAUAUUAUCGUGGAAAAUCUACAAUAACAGAAAUAGUAAAAUUUGUUUGUCGUAUUUUAUGGAACAUUCUUAAAAGGUUGGAAUUACCAAAAAUUACAACAGAGCUGAUGGAACAAAUUGCUCAAGAGUAUGAAAAAAAGACCAACUUUCCUAAUUGUAUAGGAGCGCUAGAUGGAAAACACAUUCGUAUAUUGAGCCCGGAUCACAGUGGAUCCCUAUUUUUCAAUUAUAAAAAUUAUAAUUCCAUUGUUCUAUUAGCACUUGUUGAUACGAAUUACAAAUUUAUAUAUGUCGAUAUAGGUGCAUAUGGUAAGGAAUGUGACUCCACUGUUUUUCAAAAUUCAAAACUAUACGACUUAUUAAAAAAAGGUCAAUUAUCUAUACCUCCGCCAAAACCGUUACCUGGCUUUCAAAAAGAAAUUCCUUUUGUCUUCGUGGCGGAUGAAGGAUUACCACUGACAAAAAAUAUAAUGCGCCCAUAUUCUGGGAAGUUUUUAUCGAUAGAAAAACGAGUUUUUAAUUAUCGUUUGAGCCGAGCCAGACGAUAUGUUGAGAGCGCUUUUGGCAUACUCGCAAAUAAAUGGCGCAUAUUUCACCGACCCAUUAAUGUUUCUUACGAUUUCACAAUAGACAUUAUAAAAGCAUGCUGUGUAUUACACAACUUUGUAUUGAAUCGAGAUGGCGCACAAACGUUUGAAGAAAUGAUUAUUGACGAUUCUUUGCAAAUUUUACACGAAACAACACAUGAAAGUAGAACAGAAGCUAACAUAAUCAGAAACGAAUUUUGUAAUUAUUUUAAUAGUAAUAUUGGAGCUCUAAGUUGGCAGUUAACGAAAAUAUAAAUGUUUAUAAGUA